AUGGCCCAGCCCAGCCCCACCUGGCCUGUGCUGUCCAGGGAUCAGGGCUGUGGUCUCUGGCUUGACUCCCCUGGCCCUAGGAGCCCUCCAGCUGUCUCCUCACAUCUUCCCUGCCUCCAAGGCCCCCAAAGUCUCCGAGAUGUGCAUAAAGAGACUGAGGACGGCGCGAAAGACAGAACAGAAACCCGGAGACCUUGGGUGAGAGAAGAGGAGCCCGGCGAUGGGCAGGAGAGCACCGGAGUCGGAGAGCCGGACGGCGAAGAGGCCCAGCCCGGCCUCGCCAGCCAGCAGGGUCCGCAGCAGAGCCGACCUGGGCGCCCGGGGCCCCGCGGUCUCUGGCCAAGGUCCUGCAAGGGCCGGGGCGCCCCCGCCCCGCCCCGCCCCGGGUUCGACCUUUGCUCUUCCUCUGCCAGCCACUGCCUCGCCCCGCCCGCGGGCUGGCCGACUCCCCCAGCCUCUCACGGUCCGGGAUCCGGCGGCGGCCGCGUCAAGCCCCCAUCCCCGCCGGCUCUCCCUAUCUCCGGCCCAGCGUCUCCCCCAUCAUCUCGGCUCGGUCUCUGCCCCCGUCUCCCACUGAUAGUGUCUCUCCGAGAGUCUCAUCGGUCUCUGUCUCUCCCGGGGUCUCUGUGUCACUACGACUGUCUCGGCGUCGCUCCACCUCUCGGAGUCUCUUUUAGUCUCCGUGUCUCUCAGCCUCCGUCUCCCUCUCGGUCUCUGCUAAGUGUCAGUAUCUCUGGUCCCGCCCCCUCCCCACACCCGGAAGUUCCGCCCCUACCUUACCGCAUCGGUCCAAAGGAUUGUGGACGGGGUAAGGGGUGGGAGGGAGGUGUGUGGGAUUUCAGCCAAUGGAAGCGUAGGCCUGACUUGGAUGAACCAACAGGAUCGCGGAAGAGCCCGGUCCAGACGGCGAGAGGCUUUACAUUCGCGACUCUCGCGAGAAGCGCCAUCACAGGCGAGGUUGUGAGCCGCGGCCGCCAUGUUUACUAUGGGCGGUGGCCACGCAGGCGUCUUUCUCCGGAAGCGCCGGCCUGCUCCGCUACAUACAGGGAUGCAGAGACAUAGAGAUACAGAGAUAAGAGAUUUAGAAGCAGAGACUCAGAGAUAGAGCAACGACUCAGAAACAGGGAGGGGUUGAAUACUGGAAGAGCAGAGAGAUGAUGCAGAGACUCACUGCAAUCACUGGCAUACUACCUGCCUAUCUACAUACAGCACGUUCAGGUGGGCCACACAACCCAUGGUCAUCUCCUUCCCAGCUAUGGCUCUAGGACAGGGAGCUGCAGGUCAGAUAGGCGAAAGGACCAGAGUAAGGUCACAAAGCCAGGGUGGUGACAGCAAUGGAACCCAGGGCUCUUCCCUACAGC